AUGUCGGACACCACAGAGGAAAUCAGCGUCCGGACCGACGGGCCCCCUCCAACCAAGCGCCGCCGGAUUGCGACGGGCCCGAAAGAGCGCACGACCUGUCGCAUCGAUUUGGGGAGUAACGGUCAAGAAUGGGACGAGGAUUUGGACAGGCUGAAGAAGGCCAUGCAGAAAAAGAAGAAGAUUGUAGUUAUCGCGGGUGCCGGGAUUUCUGUGUCCGCAGGAAUUCCCGACUUUCGGUCGUCUACAGGCCUGUUCGCGACCGUUCGUGGUCAGCACAAGCUCAAAGCAUCGGGGAAACACCUUUUCGACGCGUCAGUGUACAAGCACGAUUCAUCGACCGAGUCUUUCCACACCAUGGUCCGAGAGUUGGCCCAGAUGACGUCUGCGGCGAAGCCAACCCCAUUUCACCACAUGAUAGCGUCGAUGGCCACCGAGGGCAGGCUUAUGCGCAUGUACACGCAGAACAUCGACAACCUCGAAACCCAAUUGCCUCCGCUAGCAACUAGAGUUCCAUUGAACACCAAAGGCCCCUGGCCAACAACGGUCCAACUCCACGGAGGGCUCGAGAAGAUGGUGUGCACCAAGUGCGGCCAUCUCGAACCGUUCAACGCAUCAUUAUUUGAGGGUCCAGAGCCUCCAUUGUGCGAAAAAUGCAAGGAGCAGGACCAGGUUAGGACGGCGUUUGCGGGGAAGCGGAGUCACGGGAUUGGCCGGCUCCGGCCGAGAAUGGUACUGUAUAACGAAUACAACCCAGACGAAGAGGCCAUCGGGAAUGUUUCUAAAGCAGAUCUCCGGAGGGUGCCUGAUGCGGUCAUUGUUGUUGGCACAAGUUUGAAAAUCCCUGGUGUACGGCGACUUGUCAAAGAGAUGUGCCAGUUGACCAGGAGCCGAAGAGGCGGUAUCACAGCCUGGGUCAACAUUAACCCCGAACCGCAAGGCACCGAGUUCAAGGACUGUUGGGAUUAUAUCGUGCGCGGCAAAUGCGAUGACCUCGCUGGCUUGGUUAGCUUGCCGCGCUGGGAUCAGCAGGAUAUUGGGGAGCGUGAAAACUACAUGGUUACGGGCGACGAGAAAAAGGAGAAAAAGUACGCCAAUGCCCAACGGCGUGGCGGCAUCGAGCUUCACCUUGGCUCCAAGCGGUCCAGAAGCGUGGAGGACGACUCAACUUCUUGCAAAUUGGAGUCACUUGGAUGCGCCGGCAUUCCCACGCCGGGCGCAAGCCCACGCGUACGGAGCCCCCUCCCAACUGUCAAGCCAUCAACCAAGGUCAAGCCCAAGCAGAGUACCCUCCUAUUCGCCAACGGCGCCCCUUCAACAGCGGCCCAGCCCUCUGCAACAACCACCACCAAGGCCCCUACCAAACCGAAGAAGCCCCGUCAACCGAAGAAGGCCCCCGCAAAGCCCCAAAACAGAGUCGACCAGGCCUUCCGCACGACCAAGGCGGCUGCAGCUCUCCCGCUCAAGGACAUCAAAAUCCUCGACCAAGGCCCCCCAUCCGAAGCCGGCUCUUCCGACCUGUCCUCCCCCGUCGAUGUGCCCAGCGACUUUCUCAGUCUCCCAUCCUUGCGCCCAACCAACAGCGUCCCGCACAGCUCCCCGCUUACCGUUCUUACCGGCCCCCCGAAUACCGACGGAUCUGUUGCGAAGCGCAUGCCUGACACGCCGGCCCGGGAGACAAAGAUGGUGCCGGCUUUGGGGACGAUAUCGCCCACAUCCAAGCCUAGGAGCAUGGGUCACCUUAUUGAUUGA